GUGUGCGGAGUUUGUACCAGUGUGUAUGAAUGUGUCCCCUCCUCCUGUCAGACCAGCGGAGACGCUCCUCAUCAGAGAUCAGGCUGACGGGGACGCGGCUCGGUGCGCGCUCUCCAGCCCAAAGUGUUGACAAAGUGCACAGAGUGUGCGGGGAGCCACUGUGGGAGUGGAUCGGGAGUUCUGGGAGUGGAUAAGGAGUUGUGGGAUCCGGAGCCGGUCUGGGACUGACGGUGUGUGUCUGUGCCGUUGUUCAGGCAGCAGGAGGACGGAGAUGAUGGCCCAGAGUCCCCGAUGGAAGAGGCGCAAACAGCUCAACCCCCGCAGAAAGAGCGUUGCGAACUAUGACACUGUGCUGGAGACGACCUCAGAGACAGAUGAUGAUGACCAGACGCUGCUCCGUGAUGACAGCAGCUUCACGGGAGCUGCGGGAGAGGAUGAAGAGGCAGGAAGUCCAGUUGGUGUUUCACAUCUGGAGGCAUCGCCCAGGGUUGGCCACACCCUGCUGUCUAACAAGGAUCAAGAGGACUUGGAACACCGAGGAGAGGACAGGUGUAUCGGAAGACAACUGGAAGGCAUCUCUGAGCUGGAUGAGUUGUUCCUAAAACGGAAGCUGGAAGAUGACUGCGGUCACCACGCAACUAUUGCAGAGUACCUGCAGCGCAGCGACACUGCCAUCAUUUACCCAGAAGCCCCAGAGGAGGUAACGCGACUGAGCACGCCUGAGGCAGCUGGUCAGGAUGAGAGCGAACACGAUCUGUCUUCCAGUGCCGCAGACGACUUCGCCCAGCUGCUCACCUGUCCAUACUGUGAGCGUGGCUACAAACGGCUGACGUCUUUGAAGGAGCACAUAAAGUAUCGACAUGAGAACACUGAGGAAACCUUCACCUGUCUGCUAUGUGCUGAAACAUUCACCCAGCGAUCCCAGCUAGAGCGCCAUAUGACCACACACAAGCCUGCUAUGGACCAGCCAUCACUGCUCAGUGAAGGAGCUGUAAACCGCAAGUUCAAGUGCAGCGAAUGUGGAAAAGCCUUCAAGUAUAAGCACCACCUGAAGGAGCAUCUCCGUAUCCACAGUGGUGAAAAGCCAUAUGAGUGCUCAAACUGUAAGAAGCGCUUCUCCCAUUCAGGAUCCUACAGUUCCCACAUCAGCAGCAAGAAAUGCAUCGGCCUAGUUGCCCUUAAUGGACGAGUACGCAAUGGGAACAACAGCAAACCUGGCUCCUCUCCAAACUCAACAACAUCAUCACCGGGAAGCCCUGCAUUGUCCCAUCUCCGGCAAAAACUAGAAAAUGGGCGACUACUUGGUUUACAAGACCAACAAGGUCAGCUAGACAUCAAAACCGAGCCAAUGGACUUCAAUGAGUACAGAAUGCUAAUGGCUUCACAGCAUGGGUUUGGGGGACCAGGGAUCUAUCUAAAUGGUCGUAGUGGAAGUCCCCUGAGUAUUCCAGGCCCCUUUCAACAAAUGGGUGGCAUUGGGCUUGAUCUCCCCCUCCUGGGCUACACUGGACCUCUUGGAAGCAGCCUAAGUGAGGUACAGAAAGUGCUCCAAAUUGUGGACAACACUGUUUGCAGGCAGAAGAUGGACAGAAACUCAGAGGAGUUGUCCAAGCUCAGGGCUUAUAUGAAGGAGCUGGGUGCCCAGAUGGAGGCACAGGUGAUUGGCCACAGUAGUCCUACCAAAAGCAUCAUUGACUACACGCUAGAGAAGGUCAAUGAAGCCAAGAACCUGAUUAAUGACUCCAAGAUGCAAAUGGAUGUUAACAAAGAGAAACCAAACCAAUCAGUUGAUCUCAGCAGUGAAGAAAAUUUGUCCGACAGACAAAACCAACUCCUGACAUUUUCCUGUCAGUACUGCAAGGAAACCUUUCCUGGACCAAUCCCACUUCAUCAACAUGAGCGCUACUUGUGUAAAAUGAAUGAGGACAUCAAGGCAGUUCUGCAGCAGCCAGAGAGCAGUCCUGUUGGCUGCAGAGGGCAAAAGGCUGAUGAACUGUCACAUAGUGAGGCAGCAAACAGCCCUACCAACCCAUUCAAGGAGCACAUGUCAGUGCUGAAGGCCUACUUUGACAUGAACACUGACCCCAACUCUGAGGAACUGCUCAAGAUUUCGCUUGCUGUUGGCCUUCCUCAGGAAUUAGUAAAGGAGUGGUUUUCACAAUGGAAAAGUCAAAACAACCACAUGGACAGUUUAAGAAAAAAAAUCCACAUUCCUGAACCGGGUGGAGCCGACCAUAAUUUGAGUCGGUCUCCAGUGUCUCUUCCAGUUGUAGAUUUACGCAAUGGCUUCAUUAACAGCGAUGGUUCCUACAGAGUCAAAAAGACCAAUGAGUUUACAGCCCACAGGCAGACAAAAGGGGAAAAACAACAAGAUCCUGCGGACCCCUUACGAAGCAACACUCCAUCACCCUUAAACCUGUCUUCCACCUCAUCAAAACACUCCCAGAGUAGCUCUUACACUCCAAACAGCCUCACUUCAGAGGAUGCCCAUGGGGAUAUUCCUCUGGAUUUGUCGUUGCCCAAACACUUGGCACAGAAGCGACCAAGGCCCAAUGGUUUUAUCACCGACCACAAUGGGGAGCUUUCAGGACAUGAAAAGGGAUCUGAACCUUUAGAGCUUGUAAACAUUAAGAAGGAGGUAUUGAGCUCUGAUAGUGGUAGGAUCUCUAUUCAUCCGCUGGAGAAAAGCACCAGUCCAAUUUUUGGGAUUAAUCCCUUUGGUGGUGGUCCUAUGUAUACCUCCUUACCACCCCAUGGAGCCUUUUCUCCUGCCACCUUCAUAAGUCCUGCCCAGGCCACCAUCCCAGGUCUUAGGCCUUAUUCCGGUCUUGACCCCAUGAGCUUCCUGCCUCACAUGGCCUACACCUAUGCCCCAGGAGCUGCAACAUUUGCAGAAAUGCAGCAAAUGAGAAAGUACCAUCGGAAAGCAGGUUUCCAGGGGGAGCUGCUGGACGGGACGGCAGACUAUCUGUCAGGCCUGGAUGACCUGACAGACAGCGAUUCGCUGCUCUCCAGGAAGAAGAUUAAGAAGACUGAAAGUGGUAUGUACGCGUGUGACUUGUGCGACAAAACAUUCCAGAAGACCAGUUCCCUCCUAAGACACAAAUAUGAGCACACAGGUAAACGUCCACAUCAAUGUCAGAUCUGUAAGAAGGCCUUCAAACACAAACACCACCUCAUCGAGCAUUCACGCCUGCACUCAGGGGAGAAGCCCUACCAGUGUGACAAAUGUGGCAAGCGUUUCUCCCACUCUGGCUCGUACUCGCAGCACAUGAACCAUCGCUACUCCUACUGCAAGAGGGAGGCUGAGGAGCGAGAGGCGGCAGAGAGGGAGGCCAAGGUAGGACCGCUGGCUGGAGGCCUGGAGCCCACCGAGUUGAUGAUGAGGAGGGCCUUUCUGCAGGGAUUGGGACCUCUCGGUUUCUCUGAUCCCGAAGAACAGCCAGAAGAGGGCUGUGGUACCAUCUUAAGGGACGGAAGAGAGGGAGGAGGAGAGCAGGAGGAGGGGGGAGUGGACAACAAGAUGUACGAGGAGGUGACAGACGGACACGAGGCAAGAUUCAGGAACAGAGAGGAAGAAGGGGGUGAUGGCAGGAGCCAGAUGGACUCAAAGCUCGAUGAAGGGGGCAAAGACUCAGCACAGCUGAUGGACACUUGUUCACGAGAAGGGAAGACAGACGGCACGUUGGAGCAGGAAGACUGAUGGAGGAAAAUGGACUGAGAAAAAUAAAGAUUUGUCCGUGAGGUUCAGUAUUUGCUUCAUGAUGAAGGAUAAUAGAAUGCUGAUUGCAGGAUGUUGGUCAUGAGUCAGAUCUAUAUCCAAACUUGUGUUAUACAUCAGGCUUCUGGAUAAGAUCAACAAUGAUAUCCGGAGGGCGUGGUUUACCUAGGACACCUGUUACUCUCUGACAUCAUACCGAUUUUGAAGGCUCCCACUGAGUUAAAUCUCUUUAUUCAACUAAGCUCUAGUUUAUCAUGUUCAGUCUGAUUCUUUCCAGAAAGCAAUGAUUUUUUUUAAGUUGCCACCUUUAGCAAAUUUUGAUUUUCGCAGUUAAAUUUACUCCCAAUCUAUGUAAUCUAUAAACCCAAGUAAAAAACAUGUAUGAAACUUGUGUUUGAACUCUGAACUCCCGUUUUUUUUCUUUUACAAUUGGAUUUUUCUUUUUUUUUCUUUUUAGUAAUUAUGGAUUUAAAUAUAAAUAUUAUUUUUAUAUUUGCAAAAUUAAAGUAAGCAAUCUGUUUAAACAUAAUUACUUGAAAACUUAAUCCAAAUUCCUUCUUAUAUAGACUAACAUUAAACUAUGUAAACCUACCUUAAAUCACCGCUUGUGAAAAAGUUAGUUUUAAACAUGUCCUUGAUUGGUUUAAACUGGUAAAGUGGUCAUGGUGUACAAUGGAAAAUUUAUUUUGAUACCCAAAAAUGUUGGGUCAAAAAAAAAAAAAAAAGGCACAACAGGUAAAAAGAAACAAACAAACAAAAAAAAACAGUUUACCUUGUUACCUUAUUUCCCUGGCCUUUGCAUUUUUUUUUUUUUGCAACAUUAAGGUUCUCACUUCAAAAUUAAACCAAAUCUUUAUGUUUCUGGUUGUAUUGGAGGUAGAAGCUGUAAAGUCUGUAGGACUGAACCUAAUAAAAUACGAACAUUUAGCAGCCAAAGAAGGAGGUGUCCUAAUAAAGAGGCGUCCAUUUUAGCCUGAUUAUGUAUGAACUACGUUUUUGAUUAGUUAAUUUUAACCCUUUAAGCAAACCAAUAUAACCUUCAGUGUACAGGAUGGUUGUUGACCUGAAUCAUGAAGCAGGACUGCCUGGUUUAAAAUCCAUGUUAUGCAAGAUAAGAAAAUAAAAGUAAUAAUUAUUAUUAUUCUAAUAAACUAAGUGAAGCGCUUGUUAAUGUACAGUAUUAUAAAGGCCUGAAAGCUGUGUGGUGCUCUGAUGUUCCUAACCUUUGUGUCUCGUGUUCGAUAAAAACCACUUCAGGAAAUUGCACUUGGCUCCCUGAAUCACUACAAAAUAGUAAAAAAAUAUACAUAUAAAAAAUUUAAAGAGGGAAGCCUGGAACACUCGAUCACGUUCUGUCAGUGUUAUUGUUGUCGUUAUGUCUCCUUUUUAUGUGACAUUUUUUACAUGAAUAUUUUGAUCCAACUUUAUUAUUCUACCAACAAGCCACAUGACUUCAGGCCUCCUAAGUUGUUGUUGUUUUAUUUUGUCUGUGAAGGAAUAAUUGUGAUUUUUAAGUCUUAAAAUUGAGAGGCAGAAAUGGGUGGAAAAAAGGGCUUGGCUGUAAAAAGAGGACGGAGCCUUGUGCUUCAAAGAAAGCCUUAUAUGCAAACCUUUUACCUGUCUGUUUCUAAAAACCUGCCAUCCCUGUGCAGUGACACACCACUCACCCCUGUCCUCUCAUCCUUUCAGUAUUAAAUUAGAUACAGUAGAUGUCACUCUAUAGUUCACAACUGUGCAAUUUGUAUUUUUUUUUUUGAACAUGCCAUUUCUUUUUGACAGUAUUAAUUUUUGAAUUUACCAACAAAAAUUUUACUUUUUAUUUGAGGAUUUUCCAUUUUAUUUAUGUGUCCUUUUAUAUUGCUGUCUUUAUUUAUUUCCUACUGUAGUGUACAGUAUUAGGGUUUCUCCCAGAAGUAUAUUUUAGUAAAAUGGUUCCAUCAUUGAUUAUUGGAACAUAAAUGUUGAUCAGGUCGUAUAUUUGUUUCCUUCAUGUUUCAUUUCAUUUGAAACUACUGAUAAAAAAAAAA